AUGUCCACAGAUAAAGAGCUAUACAAGCUCGAGCUACUGUCCCUUGUAUCCAGAGUCGCACAGGAGCUAUUCAACCACACCAAGCUCCAGGACAAGAACCUGGCAGAGUUUGUGAUAGCUUUACACGAGCAGAGCAAAUCCGUCCACAUCUUUCAAUCCAAACUAGGCGAGAUCGGCGCCGACUUUCCAGAAUGGUUCGUCAAGAACCUCGACCGCGUGAUCGUCACGAUGCACCCCAAGUACAAGCGCAAGGCGGCCAAGGCGAAAGCAAAGACGGUCAGCUCAACGCAGAAAGACUUGCAGUCGCGCAAGUUCCCCGGUCUCUCCAUGCCAGACUCGGAGUGGAAGCCAGCCGAGUCUUUCUUGGAGGAGGAGUUGAAGGAGACUCGCAGUCGCCCAUCCGCCGCCGACUUUAUCGACGGACCCGCCCCCAAGCGGCCUCGAAAUCGCUCGCCCGAGCCCAGACCUCGCGGCCGUUCCCCCGAGGUGCCUUCCAGAUACACCCAGAGACCCGCAUACUCGGCGCCGGACGAGCGGCCAAUACUGUACAAGAUCUAUGACGGGACCAUCACCAACGUUCGAGAAUUCGGCGCAUUCGUGUCAUUAGAAGGGGUGCGGGGCAGGACCGAAGGCAUGGUACACGUCACAAACCUCACGGGAGGGCGCGUCAACACCCCCGCCGAUGUCGUCAAGCGCAAUGACCGCGUCAAGGUCAAGGUCAUGUCGAUAGUGGGGGAAAAGUAUUCACUCAGCAUGAAGGAUGUAGAUCAGCGAACAGGCGAGGAUCAAUCACCUCAUCUCUACAUCAAAUCCGCAGAGGAAAUGGCCAUCGACGAACGGCGGGCCUCGGCGCGAGCCGCCACCGGCAGCAACUCCACCCCCCUCAUCCGCGUCGAGGAAAAGCGCAGCGCAAAGCGGCUAUCCAGUCCAGAGCGGUUCGAAAUCCAACAAUUAAUUGCUAGCGGGGCCGUCAGCGCUGCCGACUAUCCCGAACUCCUAGACCACGACCGGCACGGAACCAUCGACGAGCCCGAAAUUGAAGAGGAGCUCGACAUUGAGGUCAACGACAUUGAGCCCAGCUUCCUCUCUGGCCAAACCAAGGUCACCCUCGAACUCUCCCCUGUCAAAAUUAUCAAAGCUCCGGAUGGAUCUCUCAAUCGCGCAGCCAUGGCCGGCGCCUCGCUUGCCAAGGAACGUCGCGACCUCAAAAAGAUGGAGGCGAAUGACCAGGCCGACUCUGACGCCCGCGACGUCAACACCGCAUGGCUCGAUCCGAUGGCCAACAACCAAGACAAGCAGUUUGCGUCCGACCUUCGGGUCAACGCAAUGGGCCAAAAAACCGCUCCCGCUUGGAAAUCCGCCAACAAGGCGAUCUCCUACGGCAAAAUCACAUCCCUCAGCAUCCAAGAUCAACGUCGCUCCCUCCCCAUUUUUAAACUCCGCGAUCAGCUCGUCCAAGCCAUCAAAGAUAAUCAAAUCCUUGUCGUUGUGGGGGAUACUGGAUCAGGCAAAACCACGCAAAUGGCGCAAUACCUGGCAGAGGAAGGGAUGCUGGAGCGGGGCAAGCUUGGCUGCACCCAACCCCGAAAAGUCGCCGCGGUGUCAGUCUCCAAGCGUGUCGCCGAGGAAGUAGGGUGUCGCCUAGGGACUGAGGUCGGGUACACCAUCCGAUUCGAGGAUCUUACCAGUCCUGAAACCAAGAUCAAAUUCAUGACCGACGGAAUGCUUUUGCGAGAGCUAUUGGUCGACCCAGACUGUACCAAGUACUCGGUCAUCAUGCUGGACGAAGCGCACGAGCGGACCGUCGCAACAGACGUCCUAUUUGGUCUCAUGAAAAAAGCCUGCAAGCGCCGACCGGACCUCAAACUCAUCUGUACCUCGGCCACCCUGGACGCGGCCAAAUUCGCCACCUACUUCUGGGGCUGUCCCAUCUUCACCAUCCCCGGCCGUACCUUCCCCGUCGAGGUCCUCUACACCAAAGAGCCCGAACCCGACUAUCUCGAGGCAUCCCUCAUCACCAUCCUCCAGAUCCAUCUCAUGGAGCCAGAAGGCGACAUUCUCCUCUUCCUAACCGGGCAAGAGGAAAUCGAUACCGCUUGUGAGGUCCUCUUCGAACGGGUCAAGGCGCUCGGUCCACAAGUGCCGGAACUACUCAUCCUCCCCGUCUACGCCGCCCUCCCCUCGGAAAUGCAGUCCCGCAUCUUCGACCCCGCCCCACCCGGCGCUCGCAAAGUGGUCAUUGCCACCAAUAUCGCCGAGACAAGUAUCACCAUUGACGGUAUAUACUAUGUCAUCGACCCCGGGUUCGCCAAACAAAACGCUUAUGAUCCCAAACUCGGCAUGGACUCGUUGCAAGUGACACCCAUCUCCCAAGCCCAAGCACGGCAGCGAUCAGGACGUGCGGGACGAACCGGACCCGGUAAAUGCUAUCGUCUAUACACCGAAAUCGCGUAUCGAAACGAAAUGCUCGUCAACCCCAUCCCCGAAAUCCAGCGGACCAACCUCGCCCAUACCAUCCUCACCCUCAAGGCCAUGGGCAUCAACGACUUGAUUGCCUUUGACUUUAUGGACCCUCCCCCGGCGGCCACCAUGUUGACCGCCUUGGAGCAGCUCUACGCCCUGGGCGCGCUAGACGACGAGGGUCUCCUCACUCGCAUCGGCCGAAAAAUGGCCGACUUUCCUCUGGACCCGCCUCUUUCAAAAAUGCUCAUCAAGUCGGUCGACUAUGGGUGUUCCGAAGAGGCGCUCACCAUUGUGGCCAUGUUGCAAUCCGGGGGACAAGUCUUCUAUCGUCCAAAAGACAAGCAGGCGCAGGCGGACGCGAAAAAGUCCAAAUUUCACCAGCCCGAGGGAGACUUGCUGACCUUCUUGGCCGUUUACAAUGGUUGGAAAGCGUCAAAGUUCAGCAACCCCUGGUGCUUUGAAAACUUCAUCCACACGCGAGCGAUGAAGACUGCUCAGGACGUCCGGAAACAACUCAUCGGCAUCAUGGAUCGCUACAAGCACGAUCUUGUCUCUUGCGGCAACAACUUCAACCGCGUCCGCAUGGCCAUCUGUUCGGGAUUCUUCCGCAAUGCGGCCAAGAAGGAUCCAACCGAAGGCUACAAGACUCUCGUCGAAAGCACCCCCGUCAGCAUCCACCCCUCGAGUGCCAUCUUCCAGCGCCCUCCAGAGUGGUGUGUGUACUAUGAGCUGGUCUUGACAGCGAAGGAGUACAUGCACCAGGUCACGGUGAUUGAGCCCAAGUGGUUAUCCGAGGUCGCCCCGACUUUCUUCCGCGUCGCAGAUCACAACAAGAUCAGCAAGCGGAAACAAACAGAAAAGAUUGAGCCUCUGUUUGACAGAUUCGCUACAGACAAGGACGAAUGGCGUCUGAGUAAACAGAAGAAGCCGACUCGAUCAUCGCAAACUUUCAGCUCGGGGGCGUUUUAG